AUGUUAAUUCGACAGAUUAUAGCAUUGGCGACAGCCUUGCUGGUACAGGCACCGGUAGCUUUAUCAGAUGAUGGUGUUGGUCGUCAUCUUGUGCAAGAUGGAAUUAAGGUCCUGAAUCAAGAACAGGUACAGAAGUCACAAGGACAAGUGCAACAAGCACAGGGUCAGCAAUGCCAGAACCAGAAUCAACAAAUGCAAGGCGAGCAAUCGCAGUGUCAAUCUUCAACUCAGAAUCACCAAAGCCAACCAACAGGGGCCCAAGGACGAAGAGGACUGCAGCCUCAAGCUCAACAAUCUCAAGCUUCGCAAAACCAAAGACUCCAACCUCAGUCAACUAAUACGGGGGGGUCUGGACAAUGCUUCUCAUCAAAUGGAUCUUGUGACCCCAACGGAAUACCUUGUUUUAGCAACGAUAGCACAAGUCGAUGUUGUGGAUCUGACGAGUUUUGCUCUACUAAUAAAUUGUGUGUUUCAAAGAACGAUCCAAAUAGAUUCUCCCGGGGAUCUUGUACAGAUCCCACUUUCAGAGCAGCAUCUUGCCCGAAAAUUUGUCAGAGUAUCGGCGAUACUGGGGCAGUAUUACCAUGUGGUGAUCCUUCACUAGGACAAUUUUGUUGCGACGAAGGUCGAGGUUUUGAAUGCUGUUCGACGCCAAGGAAAGUCUUCACACUAGGCAGAGGAACAACUUUUACGGAGAACUCUUCCAAUUCAGCCGCCACCGCCAUCUCAAAUACAGAUCUCCAGCCACAAAGAUCAUCUCAAUCCGUAACUACACGUACUCAGACUGAGACUGCGACCCAAAUUCAGACUCAGAUAUCUUCCACAACGCAGACAGUCGUCAAGACUUCCGUUUCCGUUUCCGUUUCUGUACAAGUUGUCACACCUAAUCAAUCUCCUACUUCCGCGAUAUCAUUCUCACCAGCAGCUUCGGUAACAUCUUCGACGUCAAUCGUUCUUGUUACACAAACAACAACACAAAACCAACCAUCUAAUUCUCUCCAAGCAUCGCGGAGCGGAAGUAUGUAUCAAAAUCAAAACAGUCAACCUUUAUCAUCCUCUACCAUAUGGGAGGCCAAUACUCGAACUUCUGCUUCUCCAAGUUCCAAUGGAGACCAAGGUCAGAAUGGAGGAAUAAGUUCAACUUCGAGUGCGAAUUCUCAAGCCUCAAAUAAGACCCAGACCCAAAACCAAACCGAUAACCAGGAUAUUCAAUCCACUGUGUCAAACUUUCUGAAAUCCCCCAAUAAUAUGACCGCAAUUAUUGCUGGAUCCAGUGCCUUGGCUGCCAUCGUGAUGUUGGGAAUAGUGAUAGUUUGUUUCAGAAAACGAAGACGGGGUAAGAAUUCGGGUGUUCAGUUGCAAGAUGGGAAAAGACGAGGAUCUACAUCUGAGAGGGGUGCUAGCGAGAAAAUGGGAAACAGAGAUGGGGUUGGAAGUGGAGAUGCAAGUAUAGGGGUAUUUGUAACAGUGUCUGAGAAACUUAGAGGGUUUAAGGAGAAGACACAUACUGCGCAUUUGAAAGAAGACGAUAGGGUCUCGAGGGAAUUUGAUGGAGCGCUUGGAGGCGGAAUGUACCUGGAAGGUGGUACGAUGGGAAGAGGACGACCGUAUGGAGAUUUGGGAAGGAGCUCUGCUGAUAGUGAAUACGCGAAUAUUAGGGAUAUGACAACUACGGGAUCUCAUUAUAGUCGUGCGACAAAUGGAGACCCAUUACGAAUACCGUUGCAAUUAGAUAUGCCCGUGCCAUAUCGCCCAGUUGGAAGUGAGAAUAAUGGAGCGUAUGGGCUUCUUUCGAGAGAGGAAGAACAAGGUUCUGGACUCGGGCGGGAGCGAGUGAAUGAACAGAGGCAGGAAGAACCUAGAGGUUUCUUCUAG